AUGACCAUGACUGCCAAUUGUGAUAUUUGUGGUGCCCCAAUGGAGAAUGCAGCUCAUAUUGUACGGAAUUGCCCAGUGGCAAUUUCAGUUUGGCAUCAGUCCCUUAUGCCUAUGAAUCUGAGUUUGCUCCAGGCUGUUGAUCUUCAUACUUGGGUUGCAAAAAUUUUACACAACUCUACAAUUUUGGCUUAUGGAGUGGAAAAAGGUGAGGAUGGACGCAUUGCUGCUGGGGGUGUACUAAGAGAUAGUUCUGGGCAGUGGAUGAGAGGCUUUGCUGUCAAUCUUGGUGUAGGACAAGUCUUGGAAGUUGAGUUAUGGGGCAUCUAUCUUGGACUGAAACUUGCUUGGGAUAUAGGUUGCAGUGCAGUUGUGCUUGAGUCUUACUCAGCGACCGCGGUACACCUGCUUAACAAAAAUGUGGAAGACCUUCACCCUCUUGCUACUAUGUUGUGGGGAUGCAAGGAUUAUAUAAACAAAAACUGGGACCCUCCUGACAGUACUAGAUCCUUUCUGAGUGAAGAUCUACUUGGAGUCUUUAUGCCUCGAGCCAUUGUUUAA